AUGCCAGAAACUGUGAUAAAUGUCAAAGAACUGGGACUAUUUCAAGGCGUCAUGAGAUGCCAUUACAAGGCAUUUGUAGGACCCUUUCCACCAUCUUUCAACAAUGAAUACAUAUUGGUGGCGGUGGACUAUGUGAGUAAAUGGGUGGAAGCAUUGGCGUGUCCCAAAAAUGAUGUCAGCACUCUGGCAAAAGUACUCAAACAUUAUGGUGUGAGACAUAAGGUAGUUGCACCUUAUCAUUCACAGACCAAUAGGCAAAGUGAGGUGUCUAAUAGAGAGAUAAAGAGGAUCUUGGAGAAAACAGUUGCUUCGUCAAGAAAGGACUGGUCACAGAAACUGGAUGAUGCUCUCUGGGCAUAUAGGACGGCAAUGAAGACAUCUAUGGGUUUAUCACCUUUUCAGCUAAACAAAUGCAAGAGGCAGAUGCUGGAGCUUGAAGAGAUGUGGUUACAUGCGUACGAUUCAUCCAGGAAUUACAAAGAGAAGGUAAAAUUCUAUCAUGGCAGGAAGUUGAUAAAAAAAGUCUUUAAUCCAUGGCAGCAGGUGUUAUUGUUCAAUUCACGAUUGAAGCUGUUUCCUGGAAAGUUGAAGUCAAAAUGGUCAGGACCGUUCAUAGUGAAAGGUGUGCAUCCACAUGGAGCAAUUGAAUUGGUUGAUCCAACUACUAAUGAUCCACAAAGAAGCUGGGUAGUGAAUGGUCAAUGUCUCAAGCAUUAUCUAGGAGGAGAAGUGGAACGCUUGUCCACAGUGAUGAAGUUGGUUGAUCCUUGA